ACACCCAGACAGCCGGAGCAAUGUCUGACAUCUCUGCUCUCUGAAUGAAGGAAGAACUGAGUACAAAGCCAGUGCGACGAAGCAGAAAAGAAACAGAAGGAGGGACGAGAGAGAGAAGGGGGGAAGGACGAGGGGGAGAAAUGCAAAAAAGGGCCGGCAGAAAAAGAAAACACAGGAGUCAAAGAGAUGCACAGGGAACACAAAGACGCUGUGUUCGUGUUAGGGAGCUGGUGAGAGUGAUGAGAAAACCGGCAGACUUCAUUCGCUGGUGUUGCUGAGCUGCAUCUCUCUCUCUCUCUCUCUCUCUCUCAAUCUCUCUCUCUCCUUCUCUCCCUGUGCCAGCUUGGACCGAGCUUUGUGUGCGACGUGGAGACUCCUGCGGCGGCUGCUCCCCUUCCCCAUUCCCCGCAGCCUCCGGCUCUGUUUGGGCUAUGGUCCUGACUGAGAACCGGGGCAUCACCCAGAUGCACAACUCCGACUGUGUGGGAGGGUAAAAGGCAACAAACGACAGCAUGGGAGCGAAGCAGAUGAAAUGCCUGAGCUCUGCCAGCCCUGCCCACUCCCCCAAAGAGGAAUACCUUAUCGCCCAGUCCGCUGAGGCCCCCGCAGGAGAAGCGGCCUCUCAUCGGCCUGAUAACCAGGGGGAAACUCGGGAAGACAAAUCCGAGCCGACAGAGAGGAAAUCUGUCCCGGAGGAUGUGCCGCUCUGUGGGUUGUGUCCCACCCUCGGCCGUGACGGGCAGGAGGAGGAGGAGAAGUCCUGGGAGGAGCAGCUGGACGUCCACCAGGAGCAGCUGGAGAAGGAGAUGCAGGAGGCCAGGAGGAUGGUGUUCCGGCUGCAGGGUCUGCUGCUGCACGGCUCGCUCCCUGAAGAGGACCAGGACGGAUCCGGGAGCUUCGGAGACGGCCGGGCGACCAUGGAGCAGCAGCUGGUUCUAAUCCGCAGUCGUCUGGACCAAAGCAUGGAAGAAGGCCUUGAUCUGAAGAGGGAGCUCCUGAGGCACAAACAGGAGACGCGACACAUUCAAGCCAUCAAGGAUGCACUGCAGCAGCGCCUGUCAGUGCAGGAGGACGCCGUGCUGCAGCUAAAGCAGGAGCUACUGAGGUGCAACAUGGCCAAAGAUCAGUUGGAAGGAGAAAAUGAGGAGCUCAAACGCAAGCUGAGUGAAAGGAACAAAUUACUCACUGAAUAUGAGCAGCAGCUGGGGAAGAAGGACAGGUUGCCGCAGCAACAGAAGCCCGAUGAAAGUCAGCACAAAGCACACGAAGUCGGCCACGGACGGGUACGGAGAGCGCCGUGGUUGCAGCGUCGCCACGCCACAGUCCAGCAUUUCAGCACAUUUAGAGGUGAGAAUGGUGGCUGUAGCAACUUGGUGGUGUCGACUUCUCCUUCAACAUUUCAGCACAAUGCACAAGGUGAGGAGCUGCAGCUCGUCAGGGAAGCGCUGCGCAGUCUGAGGGACAGUUUCUCGGGCCACGACCCCCAGCAUCACACCCUGGACACUUUGGAGCAAGGCGUAGCCAGCCUCAUGGACCGACUCCACUCUUUGGACAACCAGCGGAGACAGGAGAAAGGAGAGGAAUUUAAAUCACCAGGACGCAGAGCCAACUCGACAGACCGUGACUCCUGGCCGCCGAGCGCCAAAGUGGCGCACUCGCACAGCAGCCCGGGACUAGACGCCGUCGUCUCUACUAAAGUGCUCUACUUCACAGAUCGCUCGCUCACUCCGUUUUUGAUUAACAUCCCGAAAAGGCUGGGCGAAGUGACACUGCGAGACUUUAAGGCUGCUGUAGACAGACAGGGCAAUUUCAGAUACCACUUCAAGGCUCUUGACCCAGAGUUUGGCACAGUGAAAGAAGAGGUGUUUCAGGAUGGAGCAGUGGUCCCCGGCUGGGAGGGGAAGAUUGUGGCGUGGGUGGAGGAGGACCACGGCGAGCGGAGGUAGAGCCACUACAAACCUCAGCCUACAGCAUCAAGAACUUACCCGAAAACAUUUGUUGUGCCAUUAAAGGGGGGAAAAAAAGCUGUCAAACAAUAACUGGGACCAAGGGAGAUAACACUUUUCACCCGCAGCAGCGUUGGAAAUGUUUCACACCAAGAAAAUGACUCGACAUUUGGGUACUGCUUUAUUCAAUGGAAUUGCAUAUUACACAUUGAUACCGGCUUGAAAAUGAACGUGUCCAACUACAAUGUUAACGGCCAGUAAUGUGAUACUUGAAGCUUUGAAUGUUUAGAAAAAAAAAAAUGUUGGAUGAGUUUGUUUUCAUAACGGUUGUAAUCCGUUCAUUGAGUACAGACUUCAAAAAUACAGUGCUGACAUAUUACACAAAGUUCCAUAUUGCCAAACAAUCUUGUUGUUCUGCAUCGAUUUUGACAUUUUAAUAAACUUAAAUUAUUGCAUGGAA